CGUUUUCGAUGUCCCAGGAAGUACGGUUAGUUCAACUUCAAGUUCAACCGAGUUGGUAAUCUCUUUUUGUCGUUUGUUCAAACUUUCAUGAAGGCUUUAGACAAGAAUCUACAUAUAUUCUAGGAAUAUUCAAUUUUCAGUUUUGAGCUUCAUCCAUCUUCCUGUUAUUAUCGAUCAUCAAUCUUUUCCUACAUGAUGCCUUCUAUACGUUCUUCAAACCGUAACUCAGUCUCAGACAUGAGCUUAACAGGUUCCAACACUUCAUCACAAAGAUCAAAUAACCCAGCCUUACUACGACUCUACAGCUAUGGAUCUCAGAAAUUAAAUCAGAUUGCUGGUCAUCUUACACCACAAAUCGGUCAAAAAACUUCAAACGAAUCUCAAUACUACAUUCCUUCUCCAAUUUCAUCUCCAACUAUUCCAUCUGGAUUCAAAACCUUUGAAACUUAUCCUGAAAACUUUGAUAACCACAAACCAAAGUCAAAUCAAUUACCAUUACCUAAACUCUUAAGUAGAUCAACAUCUAAAGUGAAAAAAGUUUUACAAGACUUUCAACACAAGAAUCCACCUUCCAAAAAACCUACAGAUCGUUCAUCUUUUCAUCAAACCUCAAGUAAAACACACUCAACUGUUCCUCAAUCAAAUCAAGUUAACAGAAAUACAAAUAUAAAUAAAGAAGAUCAAAGUGAUGAAACACCAAAACUUACUUAUAAGAAAGGUUUAAUGAAAUUCGAUCAAAAGGAAUUUAUAGAACAAAAAGCAAAAGCAAAAGAAACAUUAGAAUUAGAUGAAGAUUUAAGAUUAUUUGAAAUCUCUGUUACUCAAAUCAAAAGACAAAGAGAAGAAUCAGAACAUAAAGAAUUAACCAGAAAAACUGAAUCCAAAAAUCAAACAACUACAACAUCUUCAUCUUUUGAAGUUCCUACACAAUCUUACUUGAAAGUCAAUUCAUUUCAAGCUUUUCAAACUCAUUCAAAACGGUCUAGUAGCAUAAACCCUCCAAGAAACGAAAUCUCUGAACCUUUAGUUCUAGAAAUCAAUAACAAUACACAAGAGGAUAGCGAUGAAGAAGAAGAAGAAGAAGGAUUUUCUCUCUAUAAAGUCACUACUGAACAAUAUCAAUAUGAACUUAAAGAGAAAGUUAUUUUACCACAAUGGCCAACUCACCUUUAAUAAUGAGAAUAAUUUCUUUCAAACGAUUUUAAAUUAUUUACAUGUUCAUUUAACUAUUCGCAUUUCAUUUUGAUUAACAUAUUAAACUUUUUCUUUCUACAUAUUUUCAAAAUGUUCAUUACUUUCACUUUCUUUCUCCUUGAGGACUUGUCUUUAGAAAUUGAUAAAUAUAAGAUUAUUAUUACGAUUCUACCCAUAGAUUUUCAAAGAUCAAGUGUAAAAGAAUCUAAUUUGACACUCUUUCAAUGCUGUACAUACAUAUCAAGGAUGUCUUCAAAGUUCUAUUCUUAGUUGGAAUGAUCUUCUCUACAAGAACCAUGAAUGGAUUUGAAACGUCUUUUAUAUAUCAUCAAGAUAGCCAUCACUUUGAGUUUCUUUUA